ACCUUGUAUUAAGACACUCAAGGGGAAUCUCUGGUGAGUCUUGAGAAAGUUUCUUGCACCUAGAUUCUUUUAAGUAUUUAAAGAUGUAAACUUCCGUAACUUUCACUCAACCAAGAGCAUAGAAAACUUGUCAAAAACCUGCCUACCAUGUUCAGAAGCUUCCAAUCUUCAUCCAUGAAUGAGCAGGUAUAUUGCCCUUUUGAACCAAAGAAUAUGUACCUCCUUCAGAAUCUGCAUAACCCAGAAACAAUUCUCAACAUCCAAACCAAUAAACCAAAGCUAACAACCAUCCAAAAGAAUUUUUCUGAUGAAUGGUUGAUGGGAGAACCACUUCAAAUACAAGAAAAUGAAGAGAACACAGUUUCUUCUACAGAAUAUACCUAUGGUUCUGAUGAUUUGCAAGAUAUGGAGUGUAAAAGUACCUUGGUUGAUCUGCUACUGAAAGGAGCUGGGGCAGUUGAAGCUUCAGACUGGGCACUUGCUUCUAGCAUCAUCAGCAAAAUAAGUAGCAUCCUUUUGAAUAUAAAAGGUGAGUACACUACAUUCAGUGACAUAGUCUUUUAUUUAACUCAGGGCCUUCAUUAUAAAUGCCAAAAUGCACCCCAAAGUCAUUUGUUCCAUGAGCUUGUUCCUACACAGAAGGAGCCCAUGUCUGCCUUCCAGAUGCUCCAAGAGCUCUCUCCUUACCUGAAAAUUUCACAGUUCAUUGCAAACCAAGCAAUCCUUGAGGCAACCCAAGGAGAAGAUGAGGUUCAUGUUAUUGACCUCGACAUCAUGGAAGGAAUUCAAUGGCCUCCUUUAAUGGCAGAUCUUGCACAAAGAAAGGAGGUUUCUUUCAGAAUAACUGCAAUUGUUUUGGACCCUCAAAAUGCUGAUACCAUUCAACAGACAGGCAGAAGAUUGACAGAGUUUGCAGAAUCUAUUAACCUGACUUUCAGGUUUGAUAAAAUGAUCCUCAGAGAAGAAGAUGAUUUCAACAGUAUUGAUGUUAAUCAAGCAGUAAUAGCAAACUGCAUGGUGCAUCAACUUCACAUGAACAGCAGAAACUUUUCAUUUGUUGGGACUUUCUUGAAAGGUGUAAGAAAGCUGUCAAUAAAGAUGGUAACUUUGGUUGAGGAAGAACUCUUCAAUUUUGCUAAAGUUUCAUCUUUAUCAUUGGUAGAGUUUUUCUCUGAGGCUAUUCAACACUAUACCGCUUUUUCUGAUUCAUUAGCUCAUAACUCUACAAGUGCAGGAUUCAGAUUGUUUGCAAAGGAUAUCCUGGGGCUAAGGGUAUUAGAUUGUGUGAAGAAUUUUCCUAUCAACCAGGAAGAAAAGCUAUUAUGGUACCACAGAUUUUCUUCCUUGCAGGAUUUUAAACCAGUUCCCAUAAGUGCUCACAACAUUUCUCAAGCCAAGUUAUUAGUAAGUCUCUAUGGUAGGAGCUACUGGGUGGGACAUGAGAACUGCAGGUUGUCUUUAUAUUGGGAAACAAGGCCUCUAGUGACAGCCACAAUAUGGAGUCCUAACAGAGGGUAAGACCAUGGCCAUGGGUAUGACGAUUAAUGUUGUCUUCAGAAUUUCCCACUACAAAUAGCAAAAACUACAAAUUAUAGAUGUAACAAGUAACUUUCUAGCUAUAUCAUUUCCACUGGAGUGUACAAAACUGCUUCUCUUGGCAAAUAAAGUGCGUAUACCCAU